CUGACGCGUUCCCUUCGGCAAUUUUUUUUAGUUAAUCAUGUUUUCGAUUUUAUAGUUGAAUUUACAGUUACAAGCAUAAGAUAGAUAAAUUAACAAAUAUGAAUAGAUCUCGGAUUCUUCAACCUAUAUUUUUUAUAAUCGUUCUUUUCUCGGUACUGGACUUCUAUAGAAACGUUAGAACAAACAGAAAUGAAAAUAGAUCUGUUGUUAACUAUAGUGUGAUUCAAACAAGUAAACGCAGUAAAAUUGGAAAUGUUAAAGGAGACAUCGGACUAAAUGAUUCAAGUCUGACAAAGAAUGGAAUAUUUUGGUCAGACCUAGCCGAAACAUUUGUACCAAAAGGAUUGACACUUAAUGACAGCUUGAAACUUGUGGAGAGGCUUAGAAGCAAAGUUGUGACAUCUCUUACACCGGGUACUGUAACACUGUGCGGAAAUUCUAAAGGCGGAAAAGUCAUUCUAGAAGAUGGAACAAUUAUGUGUGCAAAGUAUAAGAGGAAGUGGCGGUCGGUUUAUGCCGAAGCACUGGCGUACUACUUAUCCCGUCUUCUGCGCUUGGACAACGUACCAGAGGUGAUUCUUGCUUCAACUGACCCCUACUCUGAACGUUGGAAAAGGGUAAACAUAAGUGCCCUUUCUUGGCAAGGAAACGAGACCGUUGCGUUGGUGGCUUGGCAAAGAGACUGCAGGCAUAAGACAAUGAUGCCACAAACAAUUCGAAACGCCUUCCUAAAAGAAGAACCAGUCACAAACAGAACGAUCCAUACCUCAAUUUCUCUCAAGAGAAAUUCCACACUGACAGCUGAGCUUAUUCAAUGGGGAACCAUAAUUAUUUUCGACAAUUUGAUUGGCCAUUAUGAUAGGUUAAUCCAGAUACAUAGAACCGAUCAAUUUAGUGGAACACGUAGUUUACAUAACAGUAUAAUGUCUUCCAAAGGCAAAAUAUGGUUAAUUGACCACGAACGUGCCUUUUUCUACUAUCAGGAAAGAUACAAUAUGCCACCGACGUACUUUUAUAAGACCAUUAUUCCUUUCUAUGAUAAGAUACUCAAAACAAUGUGCGUGUUUCAGUCUUCAUUAGUGGAGAGAUUGCAGAUGCUUUCUGAACAACCCUCGCCCUUUAAAAGCCUUUGGGAUCUUGCAAGUUUACACGAGCCCUUAAUGGAUACAAUACCAAAAGAUCUGCGUUCUGAAGUAUAUGCUAAAUUGUUCAACUUGCGACUCAAGGAAAUAAUGAGUUGGAUUCGACAAUGCAAAUAAAUUUAAGUGGUAAAAAGAAAACAUUUUACCAAUAACUCAUUUUGUCGCUAAACCUUACUUCUCGUCAUAGUGAUAUACAUAAAGGUUCUCAUGUGCAUGUUAAACUUGGGAAAUAGAUUUUAGUUUUGCGUGCUUUGUUGGCAAAUAAAACACUGUCUUGCGUUCAGACGAACGAUAGAAAGUGUUUUAUUUGCAAACAAAGCACGCAAAACUAAAGUUUAUUUCCAUUCUUACACGUUCGAAUUACACCAGGAAGGGAUACUAAUCUGGAAUAAAAUGCGGUUUUUAAUACGAGGGAGUAAAUCGGAAUAGCCAAAAACAGGUCAUUUUGCGAAUCGUGUUCUAAUCGACAAGACAAUACAUGGUAAAAUCCUUCUUUGUUUAUAUAAAAGACAAUCUUAAAAGUGUUAGAAUUACUGUUCGCGAAGGAGUCUGGAAAAUAUGAUUUCUCGCAAGGUUUCUCUUAAGCACUUGACAUAGGAACUGCACUAUUAUAUUGCACAAACAGAAACUUUCAAUUCUGCGACUAGCAAAUAUUAGUAUUUGGGUACGAAAACAAACUGUUCAACUAUACCUCAGUUUACAUUCAGUGAUUUACGAUGCAUUAAAGUUCUGUCCUAGUUAGAAGGUCCGGUCGAGCAGUACUAGUCUAAUGGAGAUAUUAUUUUCAGUUACUUCUGCAGAACCAGCAGUAGGUACCGGUAUAGACUUACAAAGUCUGUUGAGAUAAAGUAAUCUGUAAUUAAAUAAAGUUUAUUCUUUCUUCAUACUGACACUAAUAUUUUCUCAGAAAACCCUAUUCUUUCUAGGCUCGUUUCAACGUUAGAGUCAGAGAUAAGAGAUAUUGUAAAUGUUUUCAGAAAGUGCUAUUUAGGAGGAUUUUAUGACAGGGAUGUUUAUUUUAAAGGACUCUUACGACUGUUGCUAAUCUAGUACUGUAGGUACACGCGUAUACGGACGAGUUAAUGUGUGUAUAGGAACACUUGGAAUUAUAAAAUCAUUUGAUUCAGAAACACUAUACUUGAAAAUGUGUAGUUGACCAAUGCACGCGUAUAUGUAUGUGCAGGUCCAUGUAUGGUAAACCUUAUAAUUUACGCGUGUACGAGUAGAUGUAUAUAUGUGCACGUUUAUUUUACGCAUGCAUACAUAUAUAAGCGUGCUCUUUCGUUUUCUCGGGCACGUAGUAAAAUAUAUACGGCGAAUUGAAAUUUUACAAAUGCCCGUGUAAAUACAAGGGCUUCAAUACAUACGCAUGCACGUACAUAUAUGCGUUUACCGACAUAUUAGCAUGCGCACGUAUAUUAUGUAUACGAAUGUAUGAAUACUUUUAUACGUGCACGUGUUUUUGAAACGUUCGACUGGAAUUAUACACCAUAGAAAAAAUUCUUUGAUUCCAUGUCAUAAAUACCCACAAAGCAAAAAGAUCGUGAGGUUAUGUAAAAUUUAAAAGUAGAAAUAGAUAGCCACUGUUCAGUCCCAAUAAAAUAUCUUUAACGCGCAUGUUAUUACAUUUUGUAAUCGAUUUGUAUAAUACAAUUACAUGUAUAUAGAUUAUGUAUUUAAGGUUGAAAGAAUCUGAGUGGGCCAAUCAAUUUCAAAGAGGAAGUAUUUGCUGAAAAGCACUUCCGAAUAUAACCACAAUGGUUGUAUUGACGCGAACAUAAAUUCUUUAUAAUCCAUUCAAUAUGUAUACAAAUAAAAUCUAAGUAAAAUUUAAACACCUUUGCCGAUAUGAUAAAUAAUGAAUUUACUGUAAUGUUAUAUGUUUAUGGGUCCACCAUAAAUAUGUCAUUCAAACUGAAGUAAAAUAUAUGUUCUGA